AUGAUUGAAGCUCGGGCUUAUCAAGGCAUACAAAACCAACCAACUACCAGAAGUACAACAUCACAUCAAACUCUCAAAUCAUCAUCUUCUUCGUCCAUCUCAAUAACAAGACAUUCUUCAUUAUCGAAUAUAGAGAAAUUCAAAAAUUUAUGUCGCCGUACAUCGACAACAACUGCAACUACAUCACCACCAAUACAAAAACCAAACACAUUGUCAAUAAAAGAAGAAUUUAGUUUAUAUAUGUCAUCAUAUAAAGAAUCAAUAGAUUUCGAAACGUUCUGGAAUGAAAGACAAAAAUUAUUGCCGAUUUUAUCGUCACUUGUCCGUCGUUAUAGCAUCAUUCCAGCGACAUCAGUUGCAUCAGAAUCUGUUUUUUUCUGUAGCUGGAUAUAUCCAGCGUAA